AUGGCUCAAUCUACAUCUGAUGCAACCAGUGCACCUACAAAACCUUCAACCAAUCCAGGCAGUUUUGAAGAGCUGCAUCGUAAAACCCGUGAUGUCUUUCCCAUGUGUUUUGAGGGAGCUAAGGUUUCUCACACGUUGUCGAUUUCUCCCACGAAUACAGGGUAUCGAUUUGGUGCCACAUACGUCGGCACAAAAGUAGCCGGACCACAGGAACAAUAUCCAAUCUUUCUAGGAGACACUGAUGUCUCUGGAAAUACUACUGCAACAGGGAUAAUUACCGUUUACGCGUGCAGGCUCAAGUACAGCCAAAACAAAAUCGUUGGAGCUUCAAGAGGGCUUGAAAGAAGAGGUCGUUUAACUACGUUUGGUUUAACAUUUGCCAACACUGAUCUCGUCAACGAGAGCGGCGUAAUUGUUGGUCAGAUGUUGCGGAAGCUGACCAAUAGACUUGACGUCGGCGCAGAAAUUCUUUAUCAAUAUGGAAAACAAAUUCCAGGUCAACAAGUGUCUAUGUUGUCAUAUGGAGCUCGUUAUACCACACCGAUUUGGACAGCAGCAGCAACUCUAGGCUCUUCAGGUGCUCAUUUCACCUACUAUCACAAGCAGGCCGAGAAUCUUGCAUUCGGUGUAGAAUUUGAAAGCAAUUCCAACGUUGGCGAGGCUGUUGGCACAUUUGCUUAUGUGGCUGAACUACCGGAUGAAGGUGUGACAAUGAGAGCUAGCAUUGACACCAACUGUCAACAACUGCCAUUCACACUUGCGUUGUCUGGAAUCUUCAAUCAUGCUAAGGUAGCCGGAAAGUUUGGUCUCGGUCUAAUCAUCGGUUGA